AGUGUUGACGUUUAGGAUUUGAUGUUGCCACAGGCCGGCUUGUCCGCUGUGGGGUGCUUAGCAGCAACUCUGGUAUCUACCCCUCAGGGGCAGUGCCACUGAGGCCAGGUGUCACAAUCAAAAUAUCUAGAGACGGAUCACCAACGGUCCCCGCGGUGCGAGUCAGCCUGGGAGACAGCUACAGAGAUAAGAGGAGAAGGCCGGCGGCAGACAUCAGGGGACCUUUUCCCAGCUAUGGUAAAAGUUCAAGUUGAGGGGUCUUCUUUCUCUUCAACAAGACUGCUGAGCGGCCAACCCCAACAUGCAGAUCUCCAUGAAGACCUUGACGGCCAAGGCCAUCACUCUUGAGGUCGAGCCCGGGGACACCAGAGAGAACGUCAAGGCCAAGAUCCAAGAAAAGGAAGGCAUUCCACCUGACCCGCGGAGGCUGCAAACAGCUGGAGGAUGGCCGCACCCUGCCCAACAUCCGGAAGAGUCCACCUUGCACCUGGUGCUGCGCCUGCGCGGUGGCAGCAUCGAGCCGCCCCUUCAUCAGCUUGCCCAGAAGCACAACUAUGACAAGAUGAUCUGCAGCAAGCGCUGCACCCCCGUGCAGUCAACUGCCACAAGGAGUGUGGCCAUACCAACAACCUGAGCCCCAAGAAGAAGGUCAAAUAAAGCUGGGGCCGUAUCUGGCCCGUGACCCCGAGACCAAAAAAGUCCUCUUCCAUCAACUGGAGCAGAUUUUUAAAAAAAGUCCGCGCUGCCGGGCGGCGAAGGUGCACGCCUUUAAUCCCAUCCUUCCAGCAAGUGGAACUCUGUAAAUUCAAGGCCAGCCUCGUCUACCUAGCAAGUUUCAGGGCUUCACAGAGAAGCCUUGUCUCUAAAAACAAAACAAAGCAAAACAAGUUCAAAUUAUUCUGAAAAGUUAUCAUAAAACUUCUGGAAGUUGUUUUAAGCACAUAACUCUAGAAAUCGGCUAAUAUAUUAAUUGCAAAUUCCA